GGAAGCACUAUUUAAUCUUCUCAAUCAAUCACAUUAACUUCCAUUACAUACGUGAUUCUUAUCAAAAGUUUCAACACCACUGCUAUCAUCGUCUUAUCUCAAACCAUUCCACUAUCGUCGUACACCUCGAUAGCUGAGAUAUCCUUUAGGUAAUCUGUUUGUGACAGGUCGAUCCACCACUUCGCUAUCUAAGUCCACAUUUGUCUGGGACUCCGUGAUCGGCUUGAUAUUCUAAAUUCAAAAUUGAGAUCGAGAUUGAGAUUUGAAGAGUGCUAUAUCUUUACUACGAGGGUUGAUCGUCUGUUUAUUAUACGCCAUCUUAAGAUUAUUUAUCUCCUGAUAAGAUAAAACGAAGAACAAUAGGCUGGAAAUUAUGGCACCCUCAGCGACUGAAUCACAUCUUCCUAUUCAGAAGAAAACAGGGGAUAUUUCAACCGCAAAGGAUGAGAAAGUCGAACAUGUUCAUGGUGGAGAGGAUUUAACUCCUUUGGAGGCGAUUAGUCAUGGGGGUGUGGUUAUGUCUGGUAUUCCAGCCUUUUCCAAUCAUGCUGAUCACCGUCGCCACAUCCUCAUCCACAUGGCGGCUGUCUUCCGAGACUUCUCUCGUCGUGGCUUCACCGAAGGAAUGGCAGGACACAUCUCUGUCCGAGACCCAGAGUUUGAGAACUACAUCUGGAUGAACCCCCUCGGUCGACAUUUCGGCCUGAUGACUGCUGGUGAUAUGAUAUGUUUAGAUUUAGAGAGUGGAAAAGUCGUAGGAGGAAAUCAAUCUCGUCCUGCAAAUGCCGCUGGGGUUUUGAUCCAUUCUGCAAUUCAUAAAGCACGUCCUGACGUACAUGCUAUUUGUCAUGCACAUACAAAUGCUGGUCGAGCAUGGUCCGUCUUCGGUCGACCCCUCGAUAUGCUCAAUCAAGACAUCUGUAACCUUCACAAUAGCAUCGCCGUCUAUGCUUCCUACGGCGGCAUCGUCUUUGCCUCUGAAGAAGGCGCCAACAUUGCGCGAGCCCUCGGUCCCCACAACAAAGUAGCCAUCCUCCUCAACCACGGCUUAUUAAGCACCGGAUCCACCGUCGACGAAGCGGGAUUCCUCUUCGCGCUCUUAGAUCGCGGAUGCGAAAUCCAAUUAAAAGUUGAAGCGGCGGUGGGAGGAACCCGCGAUGCGAAUGGAGAGCUGAAGAAAGGAGUGUAUGUGAUUGAGGAUGAGGAAGCGGCGUAUAAUUUCAAGAUGGCGAGUGAGAAGAAUGCGUUGUAUGCGGAGAUGCAACCGGAUCUGGAAUUUGAGAUGGAGAUGGCGGGGCCGGGGGUGGUCGAGAGGGGUGUUGAGAAGCAAAUUGUGGAUCAUGGAUUGUGAGGAGGUGAGGCCUGGAAGCGAGGAGGAACUUGGAAGCGAGAUGUGGGAUUCUUGGAGGUGCGAAAUUGUGUGGUUACAGUAGUCGCUUCUCUGUCGGUGUUUGGAAUUAUUUACAUCUCCCUACCCAGAUUAUCUCCUUUCCAAUCUGAACGUGAAAUCGUGUGGGAAUUUAUUACUUAUUGUAAGGUU